AUGAUAGUGAUGCUGAGAGAGUCCAAAAGACAUAAAGAAGAUCAUGAAAAUCAAAAUGCUCCUCAUAAUGCUUUACUUUUGCCAUCUCACCGAUCUGAUGCUACAUCUAAUGAAACUGAACCUGAACCUCAGAAGGACUUGAAAUUAAAUUUGAAAAAGAAGCUUAAGUUUUUAAAUGAAGUGAUAAACCAGGGAAACCCAACACUUCUCAGGGAAAUCUACACAGAUCUCCACAUCACAGAGGGAGCAGAGGUCAGUAAUGAACAUGAAUUCAGACAGAUAGAGGCAGCAUCCAGGAGAACAGCAAGAGAGGAGACACCAAUCAAAUGCACAGACAUAUAUAAGCCCUUACCAGAACAAGACAAACCCAUCAGAACUGUGCUGACAAAGGGAGUUGCUGGCAUUGGAAAAACAGUCUCUGUGCAGAAGUUCAUUCUGGACUGGGCUGAAGACAAAGCAAACCAGGAUGUCCAGUUCAUAUUUCCACUUCCUUUCAGAGAACUGAAUUUGAUGAAUGAUCAAAAACUCAGUCUCAUGGAUCUUCUUCAUAAGUACUUUAAGGAAACACAAGACCUAAGAAUACCCACCUGGCACAAAGCUCUGUUCAUUUUUGAUGGUUUCGAUGAGUGUCGUUUAGAUCUAGAUUUUCAGAGCAGAGUGAACUUGUGUGAUGUGACUGAAUCGGCAUCAGUGGAGGUGCUGCUGACAAACCUGAUCAAGGGGAAUUUGCUUCCCUCUGCUCUCAUCUGGUUAACUUCCCGACCUGCAGCAGCUGAUCAAAUCCCCUCUGAAUUUGUGGAUCGAAUGACAGAAAUACGAGGGUUUACUGACCCACAGAAGGAGGAGUACUUCAGGAAGAGAAUCCAUGAUCAGAGCCUGUCAAACAGAAUCAUCUCACACCUUAAGGCAUCAAGAAGCCUCUUCAUAAUGUGUCACAUACCUGUGUUCUGCUGGAUUUCAGGCACUGUUCUAGAGAGAAUGUUGGGUGAAGCAGAGAGUGGAGAGAUCCCCAAAACUUUGACUCAAAUGUACACUCUCUUCCUCAUCAUUCAGACAAAAAGAAAAAAAGAAAAGUUCCCAAAGAACCAGAAGACAGAUGAAGACAUGCUUCUCUGGGGGCAACUGGGGCAACUGGCUUUUCAGCAGCUGAUGAAAGGAAACCUGAUCUUCUACAAGAAAGAUCUGAAAGAGUGUGGCAUCGAUGUUGAAGAAGCAUCAGUUUACUCAGGUGUGUGUACACAGAUCUUCAGAGAGGAAUCUGGACUGCUCCAGAGUAAAGUGUACUGCUUUGUUCAUCUGAGUGUUCAGGAACAUCUUGCAGCUCUAUAUGUGCACUUGACAUAUAUGAACCAGAAGAGAAAUGUGCUUAAAAAGUCUUCUAAAGUGGGGAUUCCAAUGAGAAAAGAAAUGACAAUCUCAGAUGUACACAAGAGUGCUGUGGAUCAGGCCUUACAGAGUAAGAAUGGACAUCUGGAUCUUUUCCUUCGUUUUCUUCUGGGUCUCUCACUGGAAUCCAUUCAGAAUCUCUUACAAGAUUUAGUGUCACAGAAAGGAAGUGUUUCCCACAACAACAAGGAAACAGUUCAAUACAUCAAGAGGAAGAUCAGAGAGAAUUCAUCUACAGAGAAAUCCAUCAAUCUGUUCCACUGUCUCAAUGAACUGGAUGAUCAUUCUCUAGUUGAGGACAUUCAACAAUACCUGCAAUCUGGAGAUCUACAAAGCAACAAAUUUUCUGCUACACAGUGGUCAGCUGUGGUCUUUGUGUUACUGACAUCAUCACAAGCAGUGGAUGUUUUUGACCUGAGUAAAUACACUAAAUCCCACCACAGAUCAGACGAAGUUCUUCUAAAGCUAAUGCCUGUGGUUGCAGCCUCCAGAAAAGCUCAGCUUUAUAGUUGUAAUCUGAAAAAGAAAAGCUGUACAACUCUUGCUUCAGUGAUCAUCUCAGAAUCGUCCAGUCUGAGAGAGGUGGAUCUGUCUGAGAAUGACCUAGGAGAUUCAGGAGUGAAACUGCUCUCUGUUGGACUGGAGAAUCCUCUCUGUAAACUGCAGAUACUGAAGUUGCAGUGUUGUAAUAUCACAGGUGCAGGCUGUGCUGCUCUAGCUUCAGCUCUGAAAUCAAACCCCUCACACCUCAAAGAGCUGGUUCUGUCUGCAAAUAAUCUAGGAGACUCAGGAGUGAAAAUGCUAUCUGCUGGACUGGAGAACCCUCUCUGUAAACUGGAGACCCUGAAGUUACAGUAUUGUAAGAUCACUACUAUAGGCUGUGCUGCUCUGACGUCAGCUCUGAAGUCAAACCUCUCACACCUGAGAGAGCUGGAUCUGUCUAGGAAUAAACUAAGGGAUUCAGGAGUAAGGCUGCUUUCUGCUGUACUAGAGAAUCAUCUUUGUAAAAUGGAGACACUGAGCUUACAGGAGUGUAAUAUCUCAGAUGAAGGCUGUGCUGCUCUGGCUUCAGCUCUGAAAUCAAACUCCUCUCACUUGAGAAAGCUGGAUCUGACAUGGAAUGAAUUAGGAGAUGCAGGAUUGAAGCUACUCUCUGCUGUCAAUGCUCAUACAGAUUAUGAAUGUGAAAUUCUGCUGUAAACAUUGCAAAUAA